UCUGAAAAAUGAACUAAACAAAGCCUAAGAAUACAAACGGCCGAUUGACAGCCAAGAAACCAAAACUGCGGGCAUAGGCAGUUGAUAAGAGCACAUCCUGAAAACCUCGUGCCCAAAUUGCGCGCGCUAUGCCAGUCGCAUUGGCUAAUUAGCAGUUUCUAAAGGGCAAUCGAGCAUUAUCCUUUCCUCAUGCGUUCUGUGUCUAUUUCUUGCCUCGCCUACCCUCCGUACACCCAUGGUAAAAGCCUGUCAUCCUUGCGCAAGGACGACACAGCGACGGCACAGUACUCAUAAUGAGCAGUACCACCACGAUUAUGCUCUCCGCCGCGAGCUCGGCCGGCGCCCGCAGCCGCAGCGAUGACGACGACGUCGAGUGCCGCACCUGCUACGGCGUCGUCGUGGCCUGCGUGUCGCUGCUCCUGUUCUGCGUUCUCGCGGCCACCGCCGGGGUUGUCAAGGCCAGCGCCGUCACCGGCUUCACCGUGGUGUUCUUUGGCAUCGUCGGGUGGUUGGUACCCUACGGAGCCCGGGGAGACGCCAUGGGCGCCGCGCAGCGUCACGACGCAGGCGCCGCCAGCAGGGUCGUCGUGACGGCGCUGCGCCGGGCCGGCUACUCCUGCAGCCCGCUCGGUGGCGCGGCGGCCAUCGACGUGCUCGUGCCGCCGGCGUUCGCGUACGAGUGCCCCGCCGUCGACGCCGAGGGCAGCGCCGGCAAGUCCGGGGCCAGCGCGCUGUGCCUGUGCGCGGUGUGCCUGGAGGACGUGCAGCGCGGCGAGACGGUGCGGCGGCUGCCGGCGUGUGGGCACCUGUUCCACAAGGACUGCAUCGACAUGUGGCUGCACUCGCAUACGACGUGCCCGCUGUGCAGGUGUGACCUCUCGCCGCGGCGGCGUACCACGAAAACCGUCGUGACAACGACGACGGUGGCGGCGCAGUCGGCGGCUGACGCGCUGCCGCCGGUUUAGUUUCCCUUUUUUUUUUCAGAUUGUUUGCAGCAUUUCUUGGUCCGGCACAUUGUUCAUAGCGGGCCAUAGUGUCUGUCUCCGUGAUCUGUACUAUAUUACUACUCCUAUGUGGGCUGUACAGUACAUUCACAACCAGAUUUUUCAA